CAGUGCGGGGGGAGAGAGAGACAGAAGGGAGUGAAAGAGAGAGAGCGAGAGAGAUGUAGAGACAGGGAGAAUCCGCUGCUAGUGAGCCAGUGAGAUGCAGGCAAGCAGAGGGAGACAACACCGAGAAAGAGGCCCUCAGUAUCUCCAAGGCUGGCCCGAUGAGGGGGUGAGGGGCUCAAGAGCACCACAGCAGAGAGGAUAGUGGGAGGAGAAUCAGAAACGGAGGGAAAAGCAGAGGGAAAACGGCUGGGUGAUAAAAUCAGAAACAGGCUUCAGGGGGGAAAAGGGGAGUGGGUGGGUGGGAUCUGGGUUCUGAAGAUGGAAAAAGCAGAUAAAAGUUUUGGAAACAGAGUUGGAGAGGGAAAGGGAAAAAGAAAAGAGACUGAAGACAGUGGACAGAGUCUGUGUUAAUGGCAAAGGUGGGAGGAGAUUUAUGGAAAAAGAGGAAGAAACUCUCUGAGUCUCAGGAGUCCUGUUCCUCUUCUGCUGCUUCUUCUUCUUUCUGUGAGGAUACUGGACAUCAUCAUCAUCAUCACCAUGUUCUCUGACAGCAGGGCCUCAGAACCUGGAGAGCAGAGAGGCUUCAAGCCUCACACCCCUAACUUCAUCCCGUGGCUGCGCAACAGUUUGAAACCCAACCACAGCAGUGACCUGGGGCUCAGCGGACCGUACAAAUCCAGCUCUGAGGCCCCCACCACCUUGCCCACCCUGGAGAGAACCAAAGGGAUUGGCUUCUUCUCCAUUCAGGGAAAGGAUCGGGUAAAGAAGGGUGAACUUCGGUUUAAUGGUGUGGGGAUGGCAAGGAUGCUGCCGGUGGUACUGAGGGGGCAUCAUAUUCUGCCAGGGAGCCUGCGGAAGCAAAGGGAAGACAGGUGGAGCCAGUCUCCAGAGCAGGACACAGAUCCCACCACGCAGACCAGCCCAGGGAAUGGGCCGCAGGGUCUGGUCAACAGCUCUGCCUCUGCUCAGGAUAACCACAGCUUUGUUAGGACCCACAACAGCCACCUGAGCCUCCUCCAGUCCCAGAAUGACAGGACAAGCACCCCAGUGAGGAAAUAUGGGACACUGGUAGGACCCCAUCCUGUUCCUGCUCCUACAUUGCUCACUGAGGAGCCAAACUGUAAGGUGCCAGUUGUGGUGUGCUUGGAGGACAGGAGGGGGAAAGUGUGGGACUACACCAGCCAUACCACUUACCAUCAGAGUGACCCUCAUUCAUCCAGCUGGCUCAGCUCAGACACUCAGGGACUAAUAGAGAGGCACCAUGACUUUAGCUACAUCAGACAACAGAGCAGGAACUCCCAGAGCCAGCGAGACCUGACAGCACUGGGAGAACCACCUGUAGAGCUUUUCAAUGGGCCCCUCAAUGGAGGCAUCUUCUCCACUGAGGUUCCUCAGAGAGGCUGUAUCACAACCCCCCAAGACCCUGGGGAACCCAGACCAAGUUCAGGUCGCAACAGAGAGGGGGAGUCACAGAGGAAGGAAGCCGACUGCAGCAGGAUGGUGGUUCGAAACCAGAUCAAACGUGUGGUUGACAACCUGGAGCACGUUCUUACAGCGCUGUGGGACAUUCACCAGGAAAUGAAAGAGGUGGUGCAGCAGAUUGACCAUCUAACCUUGUCUAUUGACUUGAAUGAAGAGCCUGGAGGAGAUGAUGGCACCAAGCCUCCCAGUGACAGCAGCUCCAGUUCAGGUUCCAGCUCCAGUGAGGUGAUGGUGGGCAGCACCCAUCAGAGGCCCUCAGAGCUUGAGGAUCAUCCAGGAACCACAGAUUCAACUGGCAGCAUCAGGAAAUAUCAUCCUAGCAGGAGCCAAUCCCCACCAAGUGGGCAGCUACACCCAGUGACCUCGGGGUUGUCUUCAGAGAGGAUUCAAACACUUCAGUUCACCUGCAAUCACGGGUCUUCUCCCACACAAGAGGGGCAGCUGCCGUACAAUAAUGUCCCUUCAUCUAAUCCACAACAAACCCUCACCUCCCAUGAAUGUACUUUGUCUCUCCGCAGGAACCUGCCUGUUCCGCCUCCCACGCCUGGGCUCUCCCCUCUAACAGUAAACCUCCAUCCCCCCAGUAGCCCUGGUUCUCAGCUUCACUCCCCUGCAUCGUCAUCCUUCAUCAAGGUUAACGCUGUCCUCCCUCCCUCCCUUCUGUCUCCAGACCCUCACCCACCCCUUGCCCUUAGCCCUUCUGUCAUCAUAGAGACCAAAGUUGGGUCUUAUCAGACCCCACAAAGCGACCACCCAUCUGCUAACCUGCUCUCUGCUUCAUCAACCCAGCCUCUGUCCACCAGCUGCCCACCCCCCGAUUCAGAAACUCAAACUGUGUCCAGUGAUGACAGAGGGAGACAGGCAUCUUCAGCAGGGUCUGUUCACAGACCUCCACAGGUGUGCACUGUCACUGCAGCCACUGCUAAACCACAAGGCCGCAGAGGACGCAAACCUCCACCUUACCCGCACCACAAGCUCUCUGAACAUACAAAGAAAGGGAAGGAGCCCCGCAAAGCUCCUCCUUACCCGGAGAAAAGAAGGCUGCUCUCAACCACAGUGUGAGACAAUGCAGCAGGAGGGGGAGGCUGAUUGAACAGAGCCAUAUUCACAGCACCAGCCACGAGUCUGCAAGAGUGGAGAGCGAUUCAAGGUUUGCCAAGUUGAGCUGAAACCAAGUUUCCAAGGUGACAGGACAUAGACGCAAU